AUGACGUCAAAAACGCAGGAAGCGUAUGAGGAACUUUUUCAAGCCGUCGUCGAUGCGUGCAGUGCCCAGGGUAUGAUGCCCUCACCAGAUGUCGUCAUCACGGACUUCGAAAAAGGCGCCAUGAACGCAGUGAAGGCCAUCUUGGGUGAAGAAGUACAAACAAGAGGCUGCUUCUUUCACUUAUGUCAAAGUACGUACUCAAAGAUCCAGCAACUGGGACUGGCUUCGAGGUAUCAAGACGACGAGGAUUUUCGUCACUUUAUCGGCAUGCUGGAUGGCCUGGCCUUCCUUCCCCUUGAUGACGUUGAGGCAGGGAUGAACUUCGUGAAGGCCGUCGCUCCAGAAGGGGUGGAAGCUGUUAUCGCAUACUUUGAUGAGACGUACGUGAACGGGACAUACCGACACGUUGGAAGACUAGACGAAAACCCCCGGAUUCGUCGCACACCACCUCGGUUUCCACCGGAAGUGUGGAACGUCCAUGAAGCUACAUUGGAAGGUGGCGCCAGAACGAACAACCACUCAGAGGCAUGGAAUAGAAGAUUCAGCAGUCUGGUAGGCCAUUCCCACCCCACAGUAUGGCGAGCAAUAGCCACACUGCGCCUGGAGCACUCAGCGGUAGAAGGAAAGAUGACGCAGUCACUAGCCGGCGCUCCACCCGCAAAGAGGCAAAGGACCACCACCCUACAGUUGCAGGAAAGGCUUCGACGUCUCUGCCAAGAUUUUGUAGACGACAGGAGGACUCUGGAAAGCUUUCUGAGGGGUGUGGGACACGCUGUGCGUUUGCGUGCUCGCACAUAA